GUUUCUUUCACAGCCCGUGCUCUCCUUUAUCUCCGCCUCCUCCACUCUCGUCUCUUCUCCAUCUUUAGAGGUUAAAGAGACAGGGCUCGCCCGGCCCCGUCCGCCUUGACGACGCCUCAUAGCCUCGUCUUGGCCCUCAAAAGGAGAUCCUUUUUGGUUCCGGUUACAUAGAACAAGCAAAGCAAGAUGACGGUGAAGCUGUCGAAGGCGGAGAAGAAGGUGGUGUACGACAAGAAGCUGUGCUCGCUGCUGGAUGAGUACAGCAAGGUGCUCAUCGCGGUCGCUGACAACGUUGGCUCCAACCAGCUCCAGAAUAUCCGCAAGGGCCUCCGCGGCGACUCCAUCGUCCUCAUGGGCAAGAACACCCUCAUCCGCCGCUGUAUCAAGAUCCACGCUGAGAAGACCGGCAACAAGAACUACCUCAACCUCCUCCCGCUCCUCGUCGGAAAUGUUGGGCUGAUAUUUACGAAGGGAGAUCUUAAGGAAGUCAGUGAGGAGGUUGCCAAGUACCAGGUUGGAGCUCCUGCUCGUGUUGGUCUUGUUGCUCCCAUUGAUGUUGUUGUCCCCCCUGGGAACACCGGAUUGGACCCUUCGCAGACAUCCUUCUUUCAGGUGCUCAAUAUUCCAACCAAGAUUAACAAGGGUACUGUCGAAAUCAUUACUCCUGUCGAGCUGAUUAAGAAGGGAGAAAAAGUGGGUUCAUCUGAGGCUGCUCUCCUUGCAAAGCUUGGGAUACGGCCUUUUUCUUAUGGCCUGAUUAUUCUGUCCGUCUAUGACAAUGGAUCUGUCUUUAGUCCCGAGGUGCUGGAUCUCACAGAGGAUGACCUCAUCGAGAAGUUUGCUGCUGGUGUCUCCAUGGUUACUUCAUUGUCUUUGGCCGUUUCUUACCCGACCCUUGCAGCAGCUCCUCACAUGUUCAUCAAUGCAUACAAGAACGUGCUUGCAGUUGCAAUUGCAACAGAGUACACCUUCCCACAGGCAGAAAAAAUUAAGGAGUACCUAAAGGAUCCAAGCAAGUUUGCUGUUGCUGCUACUCCUGUUACUGAAGAGGCUGCAGCCGCUCCUGCUGCAGCACCUGCAGAAGAGAAGAAAGAGGAGCCAGCCGAGGAGUCCGAUGACGAUAUGGGCUUUAGCUUGUUCGAUUAGGAGUUAUACCUAGCUAAAGAAAUGCCUACCAAAUUUAUCGUUCAAACUUCAUUUUGCUUUUAUAAUCCUUAGUUCUACCAAGAAAUUCCUGGUUCAAGUGGAGUUAUAGCCGUCGUCGUGUUCUACCGUGUGUUUCUUAUAUCAAGUGUCAUCUGUUUUCUUAUUUAGAUUUUAGACAAUGCGCUUCAUUGUUUUAUUUUUGUGGAAAUAGAACUCCAGUUUUUGCAAUUA